CUUUGUAACCGCUGAAGCGAUUCUCGGUCAAGCUCCUCCUCCAAUUUGUGGUUUUGCGUCUUGAAGUUUUUCCAAGAAAUAGAGGGGCUUACAAUUUAUACCAAGCCGACUCCGAAAAGCCGAUGGAUUUUUAUGAUAUUUCAUGCCGGAGAAACACUCGGACUUCUUGACAUUUACUACCUCGGUGCGACGGCAGUAAGAAAAUUUAAUAUUCUAUCAUUUUGGAUAUAAGCCGGACCAGGAGUGGAACUCUGGCCUUCUAUAAGGCAGUACACAUUGCCAACCACUCGGCGGUUGCGGCCGUCAUGCAUCCUAUGAAAUAACGAAACAAUUAAUUUGAUUCUUCUUACAUAUCUAUACACAUGUAUACAUAUGAUGUCAGUAUAUGCGCUAUAAACCUGACGCUGUCUUUGCAAGCAUGACAUUUUUAGUGCGAAGCGAACUUUCGGUAACGAAACAAUAUUUCAAGCCACUCUUGUUCCUCCCAUACUAAGUCUGGGUCGCUUGUUUCUCAAACGUAGCUUUUACAAUGUGAAGAAGUGAUCUAAACUGAAAACGUAUAUUUGUAAGUUUGUAACUGGCAACCCUCGUGUAAACAUACACAUGUAUGUAUGUUUAAGUGUUUGUGUACUCUGAAAACCUCCAAUGCUAUAUUGCGCUAUCUGGUUGCGCAGUUCGCCUUCUGUGCGCUCCCAUUGAAGAUGUUCGGUGUAAAUUGGGGACUCAUCGGUGGUCAUGUUGCAAACAAUUUCCCAAUUCACACUUAACUCCAGUUAGUUAUGAGACGAUAGACAAUAUUACCGAUAUUGCAGUAAAGGAAAUUUAAAUUUAAAGUUGCCGUUGGAAGUUUAUGUUAAUCAAACAAGAACGCGCUAUGUAUAUAAAUAUCUACGAGUACAUGAGUUUACAUAAGCAUGAAAUAUAGCUUGGGCAGUUUUCCAUCCAUUAUGUGCUGGUGUCUACGGGUAUAUUGGACCGUUUUGCAUAAUUUGUUCACGCGGUUCGUUACGAAUUUCGUCGUUUCUGUUUAUAACAGCGAUUUGUGCGCGUGUUUGAGUUAUUCUCAUUUUACUUGCUGUGUUUGUUGUGAUCAUUGUUCGGCUUACAAACAAACUCAACCAGAUGAUAAUGACCAUGAAAGCAGAGAUGGACAAACAAAAUCAACAUCUUCAUUUCAACACCAUGAUUACGUCAUUGUUGAUGAAAUCGAUGCAAACUAUUUAGAAAUUGGGGGCCGAAAAAUUGAGACCGAAAAUUAUUACCGCCUGGUGGAUCGAGCAACUGCUGAGGAAAUUCUUAAUGACGGUAGAGAAGAUGGAUCUUGUUUAGUUCGGCCAUUCAAGGAGACGGAUGCAUCGAUCAAGUACGUUGUUACAGUAUAUGCACAAAAUCAAUUUUUUCAUCUCUUCAUAAGACAAAUAAACGGCAAAGAUUUUUAUGGUAUCGGGCAACAAAAGACUCAUGAAAAGAGAUUCAGUUCACCCAGCGAAAUAAUCGAUUUUUAUAGUUCCAACACCCUACAGUGCACUAACAAAAAUAUCAGUGUAAAUUUAGUACUAAAGCCAAUUAUCACGUAGAAAAAUCACCAAAAAAAAAGCAAUGCUGUGAGUUGUAGAUAUACAUAUAAUAAUACAUAUUUAUUUGUAAGA